AUGGCAGUAACUCCAGCUUCUACUCCACAAGUCGUUGAUGCCUCCUCAGACUACAAGUCAUACCAAGAGGAAAUCGACCGUGCCUUCAUGGAAAACAAUCCAAAAAGCCAGACAGUGCGUAUGGAGUCAUACCAGAGGGAAACAAAAAGUCCGAAACCUUCAUCGUUCUUGCGUCCUACUCCACUCCGUUUGACUCUGAACGUUGCAUUACACGCAAGCGAGAUGUUGUGA